CUCCGGUGUGAGUCAUUUUGUGUAUGUUGAAGCUCUUGUGAUGAAUAAACCUUUUCCCGCAUAAAUCACACUGAAAGGCAAACCAGAUCGACAGUAUGUUCUCGGUCUGAAGAUAACUUUGAUCAAAUCUUAACAGUGUUAUCAGUAUGGGUUCAAUUUUGAACGUUGCGGGGCUGCUGGCCUCCAAACUUGGGGUCGCCGAGCCGGCUAUGAGAUUACUGUUCUCCGUGCUGCUUGGAUAUCCUUUGGCGUUUGUUUAUCAAAAGUAUAUUAAAGGACGAUCUCAAAAUGAACAAAGUUUAUACUUCUUCCUCACUGGAUUAUAUUUAGGGUACUAUAAUUAUGGUUUUGAUAUCAUACAUUGUUUAGUUAAUGUGCUUUUCACGUAUGGAGUCAUGCUUUUUGUGGGACCUACGCGAACAAGUGUGGCCCUUGUUUUCAUCUCUACAAUGGUCUACCUGUUGUAUGGGUAUAUUUUGAACACCACUACCGAUGGCUAUGAUUUCACAUUUACAAUGCCUUUAUGUGUCUUGGUUUUAAGACUUAUAGGACUUGUAUUCAACUAUUAUGAUGGGAACAGACGAGACCAGGAAAAACUCUCCAAUGAUAUGAAAGAAGUUGCAAUCAAAAGAAUGCCUACCAUCCUUGAAGUGCUUGGAUUUUCAUUUUUCCCCUCUAGUUUCAUGAUUGGUCCACAGUUUCCUAUAACACGGUACCUAGAUUUGAUUGCAGGAAAAUUCAACAAUGUUGAGAACAAGGAGGUUUGGAGUCUAUCAUCUGCUACCAUGAAAUACGCUAUUCAGAGAGCCUUAGCAGGAGUUUUCUAUCUUGGAGUUUAUCAUAUUGGCUCCUCCAUUAUAACGGACGACUUCAUGAUCAGUGAUGAAUUAGACACUUACCCAUUCUGGAGGAAGUGUUUCUACCUUGGAAUCUGGGGAAGACUUGUUUUCUAUAAAUAUAUCUGUAUCUGGCUUCUUGGGGAAGGUGCCUGCAUUCUUUUUGGAUUAGGAUAUAAUGGCACUGACAAAGAGGGAAAUCUCAAGUUUGAUAAAAUUGCCAACAUUCGAAUCAGAGUGCUGGAAAAUGCACGAAGUCAUAUUCAUUAUGUCGAAUCUUUCAAUAUCAAUACCAACCAAUGGGUCUUAGUGUACAUUUAUAAACGAUUACGGUUCUUCGGGAACAAGUAUGUCUCUCAAGCAGCUGUUCUCUUGUUUUUGUCAGUGUGGCAUGGAAUCCAUUCUGGUUACUACACCACCUUUUUCAUGGAAUUUGUGAUCGUUGCAUUUGAAAAAGACAUGAUCGAAAUUUGUAAGAAGAAUGAAACUUUCCUAAACUACAUCUCAAAACAACCUCAGAAGACAAUUGUAUACAUAAUUUUGAAGCUGUAUACUUUCGUAUUCAUUGGCUACUGCAAUGGACCAUUCGCCGUACUAACGUUCCACAAGUGGUGGCAUCUGUACAAAUCAUUUUACUUCAUGGGACAUCUUUUUCUGUUCUGGCCCAUCUACAAGAUCUUUAUCAUCAAAUUCCUGCUACCACCAAAGAACACCAGUAAAAAAACAUCCUAGACUGAACUUCCUCAUUCUGUGGACGGUUAGUUUCCCUAAGCACUUUAAGUGCAGUAUUUUUUUCCUUUUGUCUUUCAUACUUUCAUCCUCCUUUUAAAGUUCCACCCUUUACUUCCAAACUGUGACAGUUAAGUGUUUAACCUCUAGAUUGAAAUGCUUUAAGCUCUAGUAUUUUUUUACUCAAAUUUUUUGGAAAUUUUUCCUCCCCUUUCCUCUGUCUUAGUAUGGUAUUUGAAUUUCAAUUUAAAUAUUCAAGCAUCAUCGUGUACAGAUUUUGAAAUGAGGUAUUUUUUUAAGUUGGCAUUAGGUGGUCAGGCAUUCUGCUGCUUUUAAUAGUCAAUCAAUAUCUAUAUCCACAUCAAUGUGUUGACAUCUCUGUUAGACUUCAUGACACAGAGAAUAGACUAAAUUAAUUCGCCAGACCAUCAAUAUUCUUGCUCCAUUUAUCAUCAUUAAUAUAUAUUUUUUAAAAUUAUCUCUGAGUUGAAAUUAUUUUAAUUGAUGUAAUCGAAGUUUUUUUAAACAAUUCAUCUUAAUGAGCCGUGAGGAUGAACAAAUACCAGUUAAAAGAGAUUUAUGGCAUCUGCUAUCUUCAGCCUGAAAAAUUGGUUCAGUAAAUAAAUCCCUUUCCCGAAAUCUUGCGUAUCAAUGGUUUAUUUGGUUUCAUUAUGAAUGAUCUGUUACUAGCAAUGGACACACUUAUGUGAAUAGACUUUUUAUUAGUAAAAUAACACAAGGAAUCAAAGAAGUCUGAUAUCCUCUCUUCUUUCGGGCAAUUUGCGCAGUUUGCAACAUGCUCUUUUAAAUUUCUGAUGUCCACUGACAGUUUUUUUAGUUGCUGUUGGCCAGGUUUGCCAAAGAGACACUAAAAUCCUAACCUAUUGAACAGUCUUACAAACUUCUUCCUUUGCAUGAUUUCAAUCGUUAUUGAGCAUUUGUUUUCUCCUAAUUUCUUUGUCUUGCAAAAACAAAAGCUAGAAAUCGAAAAUUGAAAUUAUCAAUUGAUUGAUUGACUAUAGAAUCGUUCUUUGAAGAGUUGGAGAGCCACUUUAACAUAAUACUAAUUUCUCAAGCCAAUGCCAUUCAAUAAAAUUGAGUUUGCUUGAGAAUUGACACCUAUGAAUUUCAGAAUAAAAAUAAAAAUGUCUGAUUCUGAUAAGUAAAAUGCAGCUAAACUUAUGAUACGCAGCCUAGACCUAUCUUAAUAUUUUCUGACAUUAGCAGCAGUGACAUGGCGUUCUUUGCGGUAUAUUGAUUGAUCUGUCAUUUAAACCUAUGGAAAAGGAUCGAUUAACAGAGUGUUUGCAGCGAACACCUUAAUAAUCGAUUCUUUACCACAGAUUCAAAUGGGGAAAUAUCGAUAAUCGAUCAUUCACGCCACGUCCUUGAUCAGCGGUACAUUUUUUUUCCUGAAAGUCUUAGAAUCGUAAAUACCUUUUUUUUGAACCUGAUGAUUUUCAUUCUCUUUAUCUAAUAAAAGCUCUUCAAUUUUGCAGUAGCUGCCACCAAAAGUCAAUUGAGUAAGCUAACUAAUAUUAUCUCAGGUAAUUUUACAUCAAAGCUCCAUGACCAGUCAUCUCAAAUGAAAUUAGGUUUUUUAAUUAAUAGAAUUCCAACCACAUAUUCACCAAUAUAUCCUUAGGAUCCUCCAAUUUUGUAUCCUUCUAGCUGUAAAUUUCAUUUGAAUCAGAACAACCGCUUAAUCUAAGUAAGAAAAAUAUUUUUUGUCCUAGUGUAAGAGACAUAGUCAGUGGUAGAUAUUUUUUCUCUCUAAAGUAUCAAAAGUUGUGAUGUUAUGUUUUAUUGUAGUGGAACGCAGAUGCUCGGACCAAAUAUAAAGGAGGAGAAAUCUGAAUCUAGUAGUACAUAAGAAGUAAAAUUGAAAUUUGCCGAAUCUGCCUCGCCAGUAUUCAUUAGACCGUAAUACCUAGAACCAGUCUGUUUGUACAUUUGUACCUAGAACCAGUCUGUUUGUACAUUUGCAGAAAUGCAUAUCUCAAAUGCGGUGUUCCAGAAUCUCUGUUCCUAUUUGAUUUUUAAAAGGAGACCCAACUGCCAUGAUGGCUUGACAUUGUCACAGAAGAAUGUUCUCCUAAUAGAGAAAAUAAAUUACUGAGGCUCUCAAGAGAUGAUGUUGCGUAGUUUUCCUUGUAGGAAAUAAGUAGGUAUGACAGAAAUUUUGCUAUGCCGCCAACUGGGAUAUGCAUUUCUGCAGUUUCACCAUCCAAUUAUCGCGUUAAGACAUUUUUUUUUUUCAACAGCCUUAAUAUUUCAUAAAAAAAUUCAUUCUUCUUAUCUCAAAAGAAUACACAGAAAAACUGUUAAGCCUCCUUUAUUUGCUUUCUAAAAUUGGUUUGACGUUUCGAACAACAAGUUUUGCCUGGAAACUAUUUCAAAUUAUAUAUGUAUGUCUUUUUAACCAUCCGGCAUACCUUCAAUUGCGAAGGAAUUUUACCAACAUUUGACAGGAAAAUCGGAGAAAAAUCAGGGAAUUUCGUUUCCCAAAUUCUGUGACAACCCUGUUCAUGAUGCUAUAUGGUUGUAUAUUGAGCCCUGCAGCACUCUCUCCUGGCCUGUAGAGAAUAUUUCCUUGGAAAUUUGAGCUCUGCACCUUUAUUUUGAAAUGAGUCAUGCUUAUCCUUUUUUGUUACUCAUGAUUCGGAAAAAAGGUAAGGAAGAAACAGUGAAAGUGAGGGAGAAGAAAAAUCCGAGGGUUGGGAAAAACCUGCAAAGUCAGGGCCAAGGGAAGAAAAUUUUGCUAGACACCCUGUAUUAAACUCAGAGCCAAGACUAAUGACCCUUGUCUUUGUUGUGAAAUAAGUGUGCUUUAUCAGUAUCGAACAUUCUAUGAAAGAGCAUUAUUGUCGACAACUCUUGCCUUUUUAGGUACUGUUGGUACGUAAGCAAAAGCACCCUGUAGAUUUAUCAUUUCUAUUUUUUUAUGUUUGGCAUUUUUAACAAUGAUAUUUUUGCCUGUUGCUUAUCUCCAUUGGUUCUUUGAUCCAGUGUAGUUGUAAGAUAAUUGGAAGUUUCUCUCAAUUUGAAGUUUUUUUCCUUUUGAUGAGAUUAAUUUUUCAACAAGCUCAAAGCUCAUCAUGAAUAAAUGAAAAUUAAUUAAGUGUAUGAUAGCAUCAAAUACAUACUCACUUACGGAAGUAUAUGAAAUUUAAAACUUUCAAUAUUUUCUGUUGCUCAGAGUAUUUCAAACCAGUUUUCUGCCGAUCACUUCAUUUUUCUAGACUUUCAAUUUUUCUAAAUUCAUUUGAAAUAUCUAAACUUUUACUGGACUCUGUAUACUUCUUCAACAGGUACCCUUAAUCUAUGUAAUCAUUGAUUCCUAAGUUAUGUAUGUAUAAGAGGAGAAAGGAAAUCUUCAGAAUGUAAUUGUAUAAUGCUGUGAUAUCGUUAUAAGCAGUUAGCCCUCCCUAGAUUUGUUUCCUUUUCUAUUCAUAAAGUAAUUUUAAUGAUGCAGCUAUGUUUGUACCAACCUCUUAGCAGUUGUGCAGUGUUUGCAAACAUCACAUGCUUUUUUAGAGUCUCUUGAAUUGAGCUUUUGUUCCUGGUUGAGCAUUAAUAAUGCUCUUGAUUGGUGCAGCUUUCAUAGUUAUUCGAGCCUAGCAAUUAUACAAACUGUAGAGUAAUAUAUUGUCAGUAACUUGAGCUGCAUUUUCAAAUGCGUCCCAGAAAUGAGUUUUAUCCUUUUUCUAAGGAUUUAGCCCGGAAUUUGUCAGGGAUUGUCCUGAUUGCUCUUUGCUAACCAGGAAACUUGUCCUCUCAUUGAAGUAAAGUGAGAUUGUAAUCAACUCACAGUAAAAAGAAAAAUUGUAUAAAAAUAAAUCAUUCCUUGGUUUGAAAUCGAUGCAACAAUACUCAAAUGAAGAGUACUCUCUAUACUAAUUACGUAUUGAUCAUUCUUUUCAGUUUCAGAAUCAACAGCUGGUAUAGUUUUCCAUCAAACCAUCAGCUGAGGAAAGUUGGGUCAGAUAUGCUAGUCUUCAUAACUUUCCGAAUUCAACUCAUUCGUUAGAAAAUAACUGUUCUUGCCUGCAUUGAUUCAAACUUCCUACUCACUGAAAAACUAGGGUUUCCUCAAGUCAAAUCGAUCACUGAAGUAAUUUCAGUAUACUUUACAAUGGGAUGUGUGAGAAACGAAGAUAUUCGCCUAAUGUACAGAUCACUUUUAACGCCUAAUUUGACCUACACCAAUGUUUUUGCUUUUGUUCCGAGCGGGGAGUUUGAAUUCAAUGUUUGUAGUGUAAACUUGGAAUGCUUAUUAUUUACUCAUGAGUUAAUUUUGAAAUUUGUCAGUAUGUUUAACAAGUUCUGCGUGAAAUGUUUAUGAGAAUACACAUCAAGUAAUGUUUAAGUUUUUAACCUGUCUAGUAGUCCAAUAUGGAUUGUUUAAUGUACAUGUAUUAAAACAAAAUUCAGUGUUGCCAACUUGCAAAGAUCGGCAGCGGCAAUUUUUCACAAUGUUGAUCCAUCAAUCAAUGAUUUUGCAUGUGUUACUCCACCGACAAAACAAAGUAGCAGGAGCCAUGAUAUGUACUCUUGCAGUAGAUCAUGUCAAUCUAAGUGUUGUCUGAAGGGCAAAAUCUCCAUCAUUAAAGAUCUUGACGCACGGACAGAUCUUAUCAUUUGUCGAUUGAACUCGUCUUGAACGCUGAAUCGUGAACUAUCAGAACAUGAUUGUAUGAAUGGCUUAGCGUUUGUAUUUCCCAAUUGGUGAGGUAUUAGUUGUUGCGAACUGUAAAGGGUCUUACAAUAUCAUCUUGUGGUUUGAUGUGAUGAAAUUGACACUUUUCAAGCAAAUAUUUAAAGUGAUAAAUAAAUCUUCUUUAAGCACCAUAUUCAAUGACUGGACUUAUCUAGCUCAAAUAAUUCUUCUCAUUCACUUCCAUGAACUUUCUUGUUGCAUUAUGAUAAACAAAACCAAUGUAAAAUUGUUUCCUUAAUCAGCAUAAUAGUCUCUAUCUCAUUUAUAACCCCUCCUCUAUUGAAAUGACUUAAUUGGGAUAAGUAAGCACGACUUGUUUAAUAUUACCGAUGUUUUCCCUCAUCCCUCUGUCACAGUCUGUGCAGUCUUUUAAGGUGAUUUGUUCCGGUCUCUGACAAUAGCCCUUGUGCAUGAGCCUAAAGAGUCAUUCUCGAUCAAAAAAUUGGCAAAAUUCAGAGAACCCAAAGUACUAUUCUCUUUGGAAAAAAAUCUUGCAUUCAUGCGAGGGUUUUUUUUUCCAUGAAGAAUCCUGCUUUUCUUUACACGAUUUUUGCCAAUUUCUGGGUUAAGAAUGAUUCUUUAGGUUCAUGCGCAGGGGCAAACAUCCUUUCUUUGGCUAAAAAUUAAAAAUAAGCUGAGAUUUUUUACUCAAUCGAUGCAAUGUCUCGCACACCAGAAACGGGAUCGUAUCAUCUCAAAGUGUCAAGGGGAAGCUGUCUUACCCUUUUUUACGUUAAUUUUUGAAUACCACCAACACCUUUAAGGACAGUUCCUAUGCAUAGAAAGAAGUUGGGUAAAAUUUUUAGUAGGUUACCUUUCGGAGUCUGUUUUAUAUUUCUUUCGGAAACGGCUGGCAACAAAUUAAUUUCCUUUCAUAUCCUCUAAACAGUUUGUAUCGUAAUAUGGUUGCAGUCACUGUUUUAUGUGAUGGUCACAUGUUUAUUUUGCUCCUUAAUUUUUGAUUCAAUCAAAAUUAUUUAAUUUUUGAUUAGUGCUAAGUGAAAAAAUAGAUGUAAAUAUUGAGCUUGUACCUAUCUUAUUUAGCAGUAAGAAACUCUACUAGUAUUUGAAGCAGGAUAUACUUAAGUAACUUUUGUAUACUGAUACUUUCGUUUAAAUCCUCUAGUUUCUGUUUACUUUUUUCGUUCUUAGCCCAUGCUCUUGGUUGAGCAAAUAUUCUCAUAAUUUCCAAGGGUGCAGAAAGUGCUCAACCGCCUACAGGAAAAAUGUGGAGGUACCAAAAGUGAGAACCAAAAUGUGAAAGUAGGGCUAAUUCUUCAGGAGGAAACUACUAAACUCAUUAAUAUUUGCGAAGGUAACUGUGUAACGGGUUCUUUUCGGAAAGUAGUGAAUCCUGCAAUUUUGUAUGAGCAGCAAUGUGAAGGCUGCCCUAAAAAAUGUCGAUGUGAAGAGCUUUCUGCACCGAUGAUCCUUUCAUUAGUCAUUUGUUACAACUUUUGAAUUUGUUUGGGUGAUUGUAAGUAUACUUAGUUUAGUAAAUGUGUCUAGACCUGAAAAAAAGGUUGAACUGCUGAUUCUUUCAUACUUAGAUUUUCCUUUUUUUUCCUAGAAUCAAAUUUCUUUUUCCCAGUUAAAUCAAAUACGUAAAAUCUAUUUCAGUGGACAAACCGGUUGUCUAGUCUUAACAGGAAAUCAUGGAUCCUUUAUAAUUUGAGUUUAGCAGUUGUAGUCAACCUUCCUUACCAAGAUUUGUUUAUUUUUUAUAAUCAGUUCGAGUUGAUUUCAUCUGUGACCCUGUGAAGGUAAUUAGGUUUUGACUUGUCUCCUAUGUUCUUAUAUUAUUUUUUCCCUUUGAGUUGAUCCAUAUGUUCGUGUGUUGUUACUUUUCCAAAAUCUUGUAACUUUCUCAAAUUUUAAGUAAAACUGAAAAAAAAAAAAGGUGUUGUUAAGUUAUA